UCCCGUGGACUCCUCUUUACUUCUGCUUCCAUCAGCCCACCUCCUGAGAAGUGGACCCCAUCCAGGGACUCCGAAUCCAUUGGGAGUCGGCUGUGUGCCUCGGAGUGAAUAAGCGAGUGGGAGUCAGUCAAAGCCGCGAGCACUUAAGGGAAGGGAGGUGGGAAGUUUGGGGCCAGCGGUGAGGAGGUGGCAGCUCAGAGGCAAGGCUAAUUCACUGUGACAGAAAUCAGAGCUGUCAGGACCACCAUGACCAAGCGGCAUGGACAGCACAUAUCCACUCAAAGUCACAGCCAAGGAAACGGAACCAUGUCGGCGGCUCAGAGAAAAGGAAGACGGAUGUGCUGCGUUAGACACUUGAAAGAAGGCAUUGCAUGUGUGUGUGUGUGUGUGUGUGUAAGAAAAAUAGCAGGAAAAGCUACAAAUUCCCAUGAAAAACCACAAAAGCAGAAACAUCUUGCUGAACUUGUAAACCUCAAGUGGAAUGAUCUCCAUUCACGCCGCCUUUAUUGAUUAUUAGACAAUACAGAUCAUUUAUGGUGAUGGGUUUGGUGCUUCUGCUGCUCUAGUUUUAGAUAAUAAGAAAUACAUUGAGGAUGUUCAGGAAUGAUGGGAAAAAAAGAUGGAGUAAGCGAAAAAGGAAAGCCACCGGUCUCAUUAUUUAAUUAUGAGAGAGGGAGACACAAACCUGGGACUCUGACUGACACAUGGAAGGAGGAGGGAUUGUGGGAGAUUAAGUCAGCUCUAUGCUGCGUUUGUUGUAUGGUGCAAAGCACCACAGGAUGUUUGUCGAGCAGCACUCUUUUUUGGGGGGGGAAUGAGGAGAAAGCAACACAAGGACCUUUGCUGAGGACAAAGGAGAGAAAAAUCCAUUACUGCCUGAGAGCGACGGCUGGAAGAUCUGGGAGGAAGAUCAGGAUUACACUGAAGUGCGGCGGGUCAACAUUGACGGGAUGAAACUUUGAAUGAGAAGGGAAAAAAAAACGGCGCUGAAAAGUUGGUGGUUCAUGUUGCGGCUAAGCUGUUUUUUUUUUUUUCAUUUGAGAUGUCUACUUAUUAUUUCUACUUAUUUUUUGGAGGAGAGUAUGGAAUUAAAAAAGUGAAGAGAUGAAUUUUUACCCUCAUUCUUACCCAAAGAGCAGGAAAACAGUUCAACGAAACGUCAGGAAAAGCAAAUAUGUUCCAGGAAAAACUUCAAGGAUCAAACUUAAAACGGACCUGAUUCCAACCAUGACCUGCAGACGACAUCAAGGCCUUUUCCUGCUGCUGCUCUGCCUCUUUCCCGGUGCAGAGCAGAGCUGCCCGCCCAUGUGUCUCUGCCUCUCUGACACAGUAAGCUGCAGCUCAAGCGGCCUGGCUAAGCUGCCACGCUCGCUGCCUUCUUUCUCCGUCACCCUCGACCUCAGCCACAACCACCUGCCCUGGCUGAGUCCAAACAGCUUCAACGCAAUGACUCGCUUGGAAAACCUCUGGCUGGCUCAUAAUAAGAUUAGCACGCUGCCUCAUGGUGUGUUCCACAACGUCUCUGGGAUCCGGUGUCUCGACCUGUCAUCCAACAAGCUCCAAGUCGUGGAGCAGCACUACUUCCAGGGGCUGUGGCGCCUGGAGGAGCUCCGUCUCUUCAACAAUAGGAUCACGCGGGUCGAGUCCAGCACGCUGAGCGGUCUCAGCAGCUUGAAAAAGAUCUACUUGAGCCUCAACCAGAUCACGCACUUCCCCUUCUUCUCCAUCCAAGACCACAGUCACCCGUUCCUCACCAUGCUGGACCUCUCCUCCAACCGACUGACUCGUCUGCCGUGGGAGGAUGUGAAGGCUCUGCCCGGCUUGGUGCAGCGGGAUCUCUAUCUGCACAACAACUCUCUGAUCUGCGACUGCUCCAUGUACAGUAUGUUUUGGCACUGGAACCUCAGAGGUUAUGACUCGGUUAAGGACUUCAUCGACGAACACACCUGCAACGUUAACGGGGACCCCCGAACCUCCAUCCAGUUCCUGCGCAACAACCGCUUCUUUCUGAACUGCACUGUGGAGAAAACAGUCAUGCAGCCGGCGACGGUUCUCCUCUCUGGCGUGAGGGUUUCUGAGGGAGACAGCGUGCGCCUCGACUGCCAAACAUCCCUGAGCGGCAGCACAGAUGUCUCUUUCACAUGGCUUUCCCCAAACAGAGGCCUGAUCACCCAGACCGGCAUCAACGACACGCUAAUUAACAUGUUUCCAAACGGUUCCUUGGAGAUCCAAGCGGCCACGCUCAACGACUCAGGCCUGUAUCUGUGCACAGCCGUAGACACGAAACAGGCACUGAAUGCAACACGAGAGAUGAACGUCACCGUGCUGCUGCCUGCAGAGGAGUCCUUCAACACUGGCUACACAACCCUGCUAGGCUGCUUCGUGACCUUGCUCCUCAUCCUUCUGUACCUUUUUCUGACUCCCUGUCAGUGCAGCUACUGCAAACAGCCUGCAGCCACAUCCAACAACAGCAACCUCCCGUUUGUUUUCUCCUCCUCCACGAGGGACCAUCCUAAAAUUGAAACUUUUAAGCAUGUAACGUUCAUGGAUCCCAGUAGAUGUGGAGAAGCAACUGAGUGGGAAGAUGAAAGUUGAUGCUGAACAUUUUGUUGGUUCUUCCCUCUUUUUUUUUUAAUCCAAAACUUCUGAAGAAACAAAAGCUUUCUGACUCAGAAAAAGUACUGAGGUAUAGUUGUAUUAAUACAACAUACAAUUUUUAUUUUACUGAUAAAAGUCAAGGAAAUAACUUUUUCUGAACUGAGAAUUAGCUUGACAUUGUCAGAUACAACACUUUUACUAGCAAAAUAGCUCAUGCUUUACAAAAAACCUUAUUUUCCCUUUUGUUUCAGAGUUCAAAGUGUCACUCAAAUCAUAUUUUGAUCUAUUCCAAAUGGUCUUUUAAUUAUGAUAAUGACAUUUUUAGCCUAAAUCAAAAAACCUGUGUCGGUUACUAGGACAUAGUUUCUGCAGAGCGACAAGAGUUGAUUCAAAUUUUUGGUCCGAGUGUGGGAGGGAUCGUUGAUGCUAAGUAAGCCCACCCCCUUCCCAUCAUCCAUUUCUGUACAUUUUCUCCCUCUAUCUUAAAGCCCCUCACAUCCCUAACCUUAUAUGAGUGCAAGAAAAAUGACAAGUUAUAUUGGAGCUAUCCAGCCAUAAGCCAGCGUAGAAGAAAUGAAGACGUACAUGCUACUAGGGCUGGGUAAAUAAAAUCAUUUAAUCAAUUUAAUGUAUUAUGCUAAAGCCCAAUAGCUUGAUGCUAACGUAAAAUGGGAUUUCCCAUAAGAUGGCUAACGCUAAAGCUAGGCCGACCUAAACAUCCAUUGCUAACUAAAUGAACAUCCUUACAAACUCACAGGCAGGAAUUUUCCAAACUCUUUUAAAAAAAAUAGUUUUUAAAGUAACUAUUUGUGGUCUAAAAACAUCGAUUUUUGCUCAUAUUUUCUUCUUCUUCUGGAAUAAGAUGUAAUACUAGAGUGUGAUCGCCACCUAGUGGCCAAACUGAAACAUCCCCCAGAAGAGGCAGAACUAUUUUUGGAGCUUCUCCGUUUAAGAGUCCAUGUAACACUGUAUGCUAUUUACAAUCCAGUUAUAAUUUCACUAAUACAUUUUACAGUACGUGAACUUUAUCAGAUUAAUUUGAAUAUAAUCAAAACAUAUGUAGUAGAUUAUUAAUAUAUUUCUAAGCAAAUGUGUCUAAAUGAGUAAACCGAGUAGUCUCAAAAUUGAAUGGAAUCGAACUAAAUUGAGUGAAUCGAAAGAACAGAAAAAAAUCUGAAUCUAAACGACUCCGGAAAUUAUUGGCAACACCCAGCCCUACAUAUUACGGUUUGGUCAACAGAGUAAACCCAGGUGCAGGAAGAAUAUGACACAGUUCGCCAAAAUAGCAAAGGUUUAAAGAUCCACACGUCCUGAAUAAACAUAAUUCAAAGCCAGGAGGACGGAAGAAACCACAGCAGACAUGCAAGAACAAAAAUGGAAACACAACAACAAGAGACAUUUCAUAACAGUACAUGGAUCUAUUUGUCUACAAGUGGAUUGUCGCUUGCCACAGUAACUCAAACGGUAUUUUUUCCUGAUUUACUGUGAUUUGAAAAAAGAAAUAUUCAUGAUUAAUUUAAGCUUAAUUUUCCUUAUAAAUGUCCUCCAUCACAAGAGAAAUGCCACAAAAAUAUGUUAAAAACACUAUUUUCUUUAUCAGAAUGGGUCUUUAAUAAUAAUUUGUUGCAGAAAGAUUGUUCAGUGAUUCAAAUUCAAAUGGAUGCCAAAGAAUUUGGUGUGAAUGCAUGUUUGCUGCUUCCAGCAUCCUCUGGCAGAUGUAGACCUUUGCAACACUUUCUCCCUUUCUUUAUUUUCGUAAUAAAGGACUUUGCUUUAAUGCCCUCCA